AGACAGGCUGAGUCGCACUCCAGCACAAAGAAAAACGAACAUGAACCUAUCUAUGUCUCUUUGCUGCUUCAAUCUGCUUUUACUGCUGAAUUAUGUUCGAGGCAAGCCCAUGUCUGAUUUACAGAGUUUGAAGCAGAUUUUGGAAGAGAUUCAUCACAUACCUCAUCACUCCUCAGAGGAGAUGCAAGACAGUCGAGAGACCACAGAGAAGUCAGAGCAUGGAGAUUCUGACUGGCAUCCUUCGGACUCCUCGGAUCCCAGUAAUUCUGCACUGGAGGCUAAAACACACGUCUUUUCCCGUCUUUUCAAAGACCUCUUCCGUACCUCAAAGCGCUCUUGGGGCCGGUACAAGAAAGGCGGGCUGAGGAGCUGCUUUGGGGUCCGCUUGGAUAGGAUCGGAUCUUUCAGCGGGCUGGGAUGCUGAGGGCAUACGCCAUCAAGAUCCAUCGGCAAAGUACAAAGCCAUCGCUAUUGGUUUACACACGACUGUACAGUCUCCCUUUCCAUAAGUUAUUGUGAAAGUAGGCUAUUUAUUAUUUUUGUAUUGUUUUUGUU